CCAUUCUGCACCGAAACCAUGGCUUCUUGUCUUCGUUUCCAACUACUGUAUCUGCUGCUAUUGUUGAUCCUAUGGCCGUUGUUCAUGUCUGCUUCAAUUGUUACUCAUCUUCCUGGCUUUCAUGGUCCACUUCCCUUCCACCUUGAGACUGGAUAUGUUGGUGUGGAUGAAGUGCAACUAUUUUAUUACUUCAUAGAGUCUGAGGGGAAUCCAGUUGAGGACCCUCUUAUUCUUUGGCUCACUGGUGGCCCUGGUUGCUCUGCUUUCAGUGGUCUCGUAUUUGAAAUUGGUCCUCUAAAGUUCAGGAGUGUGGAUCAUAAUGGUAGCUUGCCAACACUAGUGUAUCAUCCUUUCUCUUGGACUAAGGUCUCAAAUGUGAUCUUCUUAGACUCUCCUGUUGGAACUGGGUUCUCAUUCUCAAAUACUCCAGAGGGAUAUGUUGAUGGUGAUGUUACUUCAUCCAAAAGAGUGUACAGGUUUCUCAGAAAGUGGCUGAUGGACCACCCACAAUUCCUAUCCAAUCCUCUGUAUAUUUCUGGUGAUUCAUAUGCUGGCAAGGUUGUUCCAUUCAUCACUGACUUGAUAUUACAAGGAAUUGAAUCUGGAACUCAGCCUCUUCUGAAUCUCAAGGGAUAUUCGAUUGGCAACCCAUCAACCGGAGAAGCAAUCGAUCUGAAUUCUCGCAUCCCAUAUGCUCGUAAUAUGGGGAUAAUUUCUGAUGAGUUAUAUGAGUCCACCAUUAUUUCUUGUGAAGGAGAAGAUAAUGAAAAUCUCACCAGUACUCUUUGUGCUGAGAUUCUUCAAGUUGUGAAUAAGUUGCUUGGUGAACUAAAUAUCGGCCAUAUUUUGGAGCCAAAAUGCCCACCAGCUUCUCCGAAACCAAGGAACUUGGCCGGAGAAAGGAGAUUUCUGAAAAAUGAGCAAAACAUGCUUAUUGUCCCACCACCUGCUCCCCCUCUCAAAUGCAGAUCUUAUGCUUACUAUUUGUCCUACAUUUGGGCAAACAACGAUGCCGUGAGAGAUGCUCUUCACAUCCAGAAGGGGACUGUGCCGGAAUGGAUCAGAUGCAACGAUUAUUUGCAGUAUGCCUAUGAUCUUCCGAGCAGCGUAAAAUACCAGCAGAAACUCACAAGCCAAGGUUAUCGAGCUCUUGUUUACAGUGGGGAUCAUGAUCUAGUGAUACCACAUAUAGGAACCCAGACAUGGAUAAGAUCUCUGAAUUACUCCAUUGUCGAUGACUGGAGAUCUUGGUUCUCUGGUGGGCAAGUAGCAGGAUACACGAGAACAUAUACCCACAAUCUCACAUUUGCUACUAUAAAGGGUGCUGGUCAUACAGCUCCAGAGUACAAACCAAGGGAGAGCCUGGAUAUGAUUAAAAGAUGGCUUUCAUACCAACCACUGUAGUUUUAUGGUAUCUCUUUUGAUCAAAUAAGAUUCACAGUUUGUGCUUGUUUUUCUAUUAUCUGUGCCAUGAACAUGACUUUUAUAAACAGUUUGUAGUAGCAAAUAAAAGUCAUUCGAUGUUUAAAUUA